CAGAACUAGCCAGACAGAGGCUGAGAGCUUAGCAGCAGUUUAUUAACUGAAAUAACAAAUUUUGCUAAGAUGCAGAUACAUCAGGCGAUACUGGCAGCCGGCGUGCUGGGCAUGCUGUUGGCCAUAGGUAGCUCGCUGCCCGUGCUGGACAUAAGCUCAGGCGUAGACAAUGCUACGCUGGAGCAGCUGCAAGCACAAGGCAAUGAUACGCCCAAGAAUCUCUACGUAGUCAAGGCAGUGGUCUAUGAGAUUGGCAUACUCACUGAGGUGGGCGACAAUGACACGGAUUUCGAGAGCCAGGAACGCGUGGACUUGACCUUCUAUGAUGCGCAUACAAAUCAAAGCCACAUUGAUCUGGGCAACAUACCGCUGCCCAUUCAGACAAAUGUUUCGGGUCAGGUGCUCACUGGCAUUGCGCCCAUCAAUAUUGGCGCCUUCAGCAGUCCACAGGAGCUGCUGCAGACGCUGCCACUCACUGGCAGCAUUGUCAAUAUUACGCACAGCGAUACGGCUUUCUAUCAGCUGACCAAGUCCAAUACCAGCGGCUUUGAGAAGCCACAGCUGCUCAGCGAGGACGCCUUGGCCAAGUUGACGCAUGCUGCGGAACUGUUUCCACCCAGCAGCAGCAUAGGUCAGUCCUUGGCUGCUGCCAGCGAUGCCACCAACGAGCUGGAGAACUAGUUAGAGACAUUAGCAGUGCAUUGGGGGCAACCCUUAGAAACUUAAGUUCAUUAGUCUAAGUAGUAGCUGCAGUGUUAGAAAAGACUGGAUGAGGACCUAGCCUAGUUUACACCCUUAGUCACCUAAACUACAUACAUUUGUUUUUUAUAAUAAUAAUAUGCUAUAAAAUAAAAUUUACACCAAGUGAUUGCUAGA